AUGAAAGUCUACCUACUGAUUUUGUUUUGCGCUUGUAUAAAUAUAGUAAAAGCAGAUACAGAUAGUGAUGAAGCAAAGUACAUUGAUUUAUUACCGGAGGAAGAGAAACAAGAAUUCUUAAAUAGAAUUGCCAGGCGAAUUUUAGGAGAAAUUAGAAGUAGAGGAAAUCUCGGAAAGUCCAGUAUUGAAAUUUCUGAUGAAAAACUCAAUGAAAACGAUGCUUAUGUUCAAAAAAUUAUGGAAGAAGAAUCUGAAAGCAUAAAAAAUGAACGUAGAUUAGGAGUGGAUGGAUUAAAAAAUGAAAAUCUUAAAGAAGACGAUAACGUUGACAUAAGAGUGAAGCCGUUACCUGAAAAUCAAUUCAAUGGUCAAGAAAACCAGGAAAAUUCAGAAAUUACAGAAUUAACUGCAUAUGAAAUGAAAAAACGAAUGAAAAAAGAUACACCUGAAAAUAAUGAGCGGAUAUCAGAUGAGAAUAUAGCAUUCAAUAGGGAUACAGUUUCAGAUAUACCAGUACAUGUAAUUUAUGAUGAUGAUAAGAAUUCCAAUAACGUAGUUAAAAGCAGCAAUUUUAAUAACGAUAACAUAGCAGUUAGUGAAGAUAACAAUAAAGACGUCAGUGAAAAACAAAAUUCUCAAGAUGGAUUGCAUAAUGAAAGUAAAAAAUCGGAUAUUACGGAUAUGCGUAAAUCGAAUUCCAAUAUCAAUUUAGAGGGGAAUAUAGAAAACAAAGGUAUAGUCUCAAUCCCACAAACAUCUAGUAAUGAUUUUGAUUUACAGCAAGAAGAUUUUGUAGAGAGAAAUGCAAUGAUUCCAAAUGAUAAUGGUAAAAAGUCUUCAACAGAAGCAGAAAACCUAGAGACGGUUAAAGAAUAUACACAACGUGAUGGUGCUGAUGAUUAUCUCGAAAUGAAAUAUAGAGAAAAUGCUACAAAGAAUAAUUUAGAUACAAGGCCUAGCAUGAAAGAAUUAAAAAAUGUCACUGUCGAUAGUAACCAGUUAAUAAUCGGCUUAACAACAGAUGCUUCAAAUGUUUUGAAUACAAAUUCUCUUAGUAUUCAAAAUAAUGUCAGUACUUCAGGUGGGAUAAUAAGAAAUGAAGUAAAUAUAGGAAAAAUAAAGUCUCAACCUUUUUUAAAUAACACAAAGGAAUAUUUUAAUAAUAACGAUCUUUUGGACGAGAAAGUAAACCCUGAAAUAGAAAAUCAGACAAACAAGAUUGGUAUACAUCAUAAUAAAAAUUUUACAAAGAAUGACAACUUGGAAACAUACAUAGCUUCAAACAAAGACGAUUUAAUUGAAGGAAAUUUUGAAGGAAACGAUUUCAGCAACGACAAAACUGUAUUAAGAAAAAAAAUUCAACUCAAUGAAGAUUCCGCAGAAGAUGCUGAGCAUGCAUCCUCAGAAGAAAUUAUUGUCAAAACAAACAACUCCAACACAUUUCCAUCGUUAAAUACACACAGCAUGAGUGAUUCAUAUAAAGUGUACGAAAUUCAUAACAAAUACCCUCCAUUUGUAACGUCUGAACAAAAAAGUAAUGGAAAAUUUGUUGAUGAACCGUUUUACGCUCCUGUGUACAAUUAUGCACCUAGCAAUGCAUUUUAUAGUGCUUAUAAUCGCUUUGGUCCUAACUUCAAAGAAAACUAUAGAGUGAUUCAAAACGUAGGAUCAUUUGAAAAUGAAAAAAGUUAUGAAAAAAACCAAUUAAAUAACUAUUUGGAUUAUACCAGAAGUCAUUCGCUUGAGAAAAACAUUCAAAGAAAUUUUGAGCUAAAUGCUCAUAAAAGUAACUUAAAACCUUUUUCAAAAGAGUUUACUGAUAUGAAUUUUAACCCUUAUGAAUAUUUAGAUAUGGAUUAUUAUUUUGGAAGAAUUAGUAAUAAACCCGGAUCUAUUUACAAUGAUUUUACUAACGAAAAUUCUCAGAAUUUACCACCUGAACACAUUUCAAAAGAUUUGUUAUGGAAAGAUAGUUCAGAAGAUGUAAUAGAUCCUGAUCCCAUUGUAGAUAAAUAUAAUAUAAAGGAUAAGAUUAGGAAAAUUCGGAACAUAUUAUACUUACAAAAAUAUGGCAAAGAUGUUGUAGUAAAACGUACAUUAGACAAAAAAAGACGGGAAGGUAAUACACAAUUUAGAAAUAAAAAUCAGUAUUUACUUGAUUCAUCGUCGAAAGGAAAUGACCAAACCAAAUUCGUUUGGAUACCAGGAAUACCAAAGAAGAAAGAAAAUAACGUAGCAGUCGAUUAUUACUUUAGUAGAAUGAAUGAAGAAGAACCAUUGCUCCACAAUAUUAAACCCAACAUAUAUUUAGGAGAUGGAAAAAAUACUCUGAAAAUUGAGAAAAGAAGCAAAAACGAAAUGAAACCUGUUUUCAAAAAUAUUAAAGUUUUAGAAGAAAAACGUCUUCAGAUGCCAUUUAAAAGUGAUAAUAUGUUAAAGAUUGAUCUAGCCAUGACAGAUGGUAAAAACAUGAAUAUAAUAUUUAGAAAAGUGAAAAGGCCUGAACGUAACGAAUUUCGUGCUUAUUUAUAUGCUUGCUUAAAUGUAUUAAAGGAUAUGAUUGAACAUAACAAUAAAGGGCUACUGGGCUACAAUUGGCUCGGUAGUACGGUGGAUCUGCAAUCAGCAAUAUGGAAGCUGUUAGACUUAACUAACAAUUUAAAAGAACCUAGUGACGUUCAUUAUUCCGAUGUAGAACUUUUUAAAUACAUCGUAUAUCUGUUCAAAUCUUCGAAUACGCGCCUCGAAGAAGCUAAGAGAGAACUGAGUUAUAAAACUCGCAGUGGUAAUCAAAUUGAGAAACGUACUGUCAAAAGAAAAAUGCUAUUGCCAAGAAAUGGUAAUAAGAAAGUGGGAGAGAAGAUAGAUAAACCACUGGAGAGAUGGCUACAACUAUACAAAAAUAUAAGACAUAGUAAUAGUAUAAUUGAAAUUGACGUUCUUUUAGAGUUUGAAGACUUUUUGACAGAUCUACAGGAAAGUUUGUACGAGGUAGGAAUGUAA